UACUCUUCAAUUGCUUAUAAUUAAACCCCAUCUCAUCCCCCAUAAAUAUACACACCCACUACUCUAUUCUAUCAUCUCACUCUCUUCCUUCUUCCAUACUCAUAUGGAUCCAAAGUAUCCUCAAUCUCAGUCCUCUAGUUACGUAGGACUGCUUCACAGUCAACAAGGUAGUGUGUUCCAUGAAAACUUUCCUUUUGAAAGUUUUCAUUCGAGUGUUAACUUUGGAGAAUCAGAAAUCCCGGCGUUUAGCUCACAACAAUCUCAAGAGACACCAGUGGACCGUGCUGUUCGUCGCAAAUGGACACCAGCUGAUGACGCUGUCCUUAUAAGUGCGUGGCUUAACACUUCCAAGGAUCCGAUAAUUGGAAACGACCAGAAGUCGGGGACGUUUUGGCAGAGGGUUGUCGACUAUUACGCAGCAAGUCCUCAUGGAGUAGAGGAAGGUGGAAAGAGAGAGCCUCAACAAUGCAGGAAGAGAUGGGGCAGAAUCAAUGAGCACGUCAACAAAUUCUGUGCGGCGUAUUCUGCAGCAGAGAGACAACACGCAAGUGGUGAGAAUGACUGUGAUGUUCUCAAGAAGGCUCAUGACAUCUUCUACUCUGAUCAUGACCACAAGUUUACACUUGAGCAUGCUUGGUGUGUGCUUAGGCAUGAACAGAAGUGGCGUUGCCUUAACCCUCCUAGAGCUACUGGCGGUUCAAAGAGGAAAAAUGUUGCAGAAACUUCAAGCACCAAUGCUCCAGACACCAAUGCUCCAGAAACCAAUGUUGCAGAAGCUGAGACCCGGCCUGAAGGUAUCAAGGCUGCUAAGGCAAGAAGGAAUGGUGGGAAAGGGAAAUCCGUGGCUGAGUAUGCGAGUAUUUGGGCAAUGAGAAAGGAGGAUUUGGAGAAGAAGGAGACACUGUCCAAGCUGGCUAUACUGGACACUCUCUGUGCCAAGAAAGAACCAUUAAGUGAGGCGGAGGAAGUGGUGAAGAAUAAGCUUCUUGCCAAACGUGACCAAGCUGAGUUAAGCUUAUCUCGUGAACCCAUGGUGUACCCACCACAACCUGAGGUGGAGUUCGGCUUCCCGCAGAGUUGCUACUGUGGAGGUCAGCCACACCUUGCAACCUCUACCAGCAGGAACGAUCCAGGGCGGAGAUAUUACACUUGCGCAAAUGUAGACGACGGGGACUGUCAUGUGUUUAAAUGA